AGUGCCAGACGUGUCCCCCUGCUUAAGCCAGUACAUGUCCAGGCCCGUCUGAAGUUUGCUAGAGUGCAUUUGGAUGAUCCAGAAGAGGAUUGGGAGAAUGUCAUAUGGUCAGAUGAAACCAAAAUAUAACUUUUUAGUAAAAACUCAACUCGUCGUGUUUGGAGGACAAAGAAUGCUGAGUUGCAUCCACAUUUUACAUUACAUUUUAGUCAUUUAGCAGACGCUCUUAUCCAGAGCGACUUACAUUAUCAUUUUUUUUUUUUAUACUGGCCCCCCGUGGGAAAUGAACCCACAACCCUGGCGUUGCAAACGCCAUGCUCUACAUCCCUGCCGGCCAUUCCCUCCCCUACCCUGGACGACGCUGGGCCAAUUGUGCGCCGCCCCAUGGGUCUCCCGGUCGUGGCCGGCUACGACAGAGCCUGGAUUCGAACCAGGAUCUCUAGUGGCACAGCUAGCACUGCGAUGCAGUGCCUUAGACCACUGCGCCACUCGGGAGACUACACCAUACCUACUGUGAAGCAUGGGGGUGGAAACAUCAUGCUUUGGGGCUGUUUUUCUGCAAAGGGACCAGGACGACUGAUCCGUGUAAAGGAAAGAAUGAAUGGGGCCAUGUAUCGUGAGAUUUUGAGUGAAAACCUCCUUCCAUCAGCUAGGGCAUUGAAGAUGAAACGUGGCUGUGUCUUUCAGCAUGACAAUGAUCCCAAACACACUGCCCGGGCAACGAAGGAGUGGCUUCGUAUGAAGCAUUUCAAGGUCCUGGAGUGGCCUAGCCAGUCUCCAGAUCUCAACCCCAUAGAAAAUCUUUGGAGGGAGUUGAAAGUCCGUGUUGCCCAGUGACAGCCCCAAAACAUCACUGCUCUAGAGGAGAUCUGCAUGGAGGAAUGGGCCAAAAUACCAGCAACAGUGUGUGAAAACCUUGUGAAGACUUACAGAAAACGUUUGACCUGUGUCAUUGCCAACAAAGGGUAUAUAACAAAGUAUUGAGAAACUUUUGUUAUUGACCAAAUACUUAUUUUCCACCAUAAUUUGCAAAUAAAUUCAUUAAAAAUCCUACAAUGUGAUUUUCUGGAUUUUUUUUCUCAUUUUGUCUGUCAUAGUUGACGUGUACCUAUGAUGAAAAUUACAGGCCUCUCUCAUCUUUUUAAGUGGGAGAACUUGCACAAUUGGUGGCUGACUAAAUACUUUUUUCCCCCACUGUAUAUACAGUUGAAGUCGGAAGUUUACAUACACCUUAGCCAAAUACAUUUAAAUUCAGUUUAAUCCUAGUAAAACACAUUUAAUCCUAGUAAAAAUUCCCUGUCUUAGGUCAGUUAGGAUCACCACUUUAUUUUAAGAAUGUGAAAUGUCAGAAUAAUAGUAGAGAGAAUGAUUUAUUUCAGCUUUUAUUUCUUUCAUCACAUUCCCAGUGGGUCAGAAGUUUACAUACACUCAAUUAGUAUUUAGUAGCAUUGCCUUUAAAUUGUUUUACUUGGGUCAAACGUUUCGGGUAGCCUUCCACAAGCUUCCCACAAUAAGAUGGGUGAAUUUUGGUCCAUUCCUCCUGACAGAGCUGGUUUAACUGAGUCAGGUUUGUAGGCCUCCUUGCUCGACACGCUUUUUCAGUGGAUAUAGAUAUUUUUUUACCUCUUUCCAACAGCAUUUUCACAAGGUCCUUUGCUGUUGUUCUGGGAUUGAUUUGCACCAAAGUACGUCCAUCUCUAGGAGACAGAAAGCGUCUCCUUCCUGAGUGGGAUGACGGCUGCGUGGUCCCAUGGUGUUUAUACUUGCAUACUAUUGUUUGUACAGAUGAACGUGGUACCUUUUAGGCGUUUGGAAAUUGCUCCCAAGGAUGAACCAGACUUGUGGAGGUCUACCAUUUUUUUUUCUGAGGUCUUGGCUGAUUUCUUUUGAUUUUCCCAUGAUGUCAAGCAAAGAGGCACUGAGUUUGAAGGUAGGCCUUGAAAUACAUCCACAGAUACACCUCCAAUUGACUCAAAUGAUGUCAAUUAGCCUAUCAGAAGCUUCUAAAGCCAUGACAUCAUUUUCUGGAAUUGUCCAAGCUAUUUAAAGGCACAGUCAACUUAGUGUAUGGAAACUUCUGACCCACUGGAAUUGUGAUACAGUGAAUUAUAAAUUAAAUAAUCUGUCUGUGAACAAUUGUUGGAAAAAUUACUUGUGUCAUGCACAAAGUAGAUGUCCUAACCGACAUGCCAAAACUAUAGUUUGUUAACAAGAAAUGUGUGGAGUGGUUGAAAAUAGUUUUAAUGACUCCAACCUAAGUGUAUGUAAACUUCUGACUUCAACUGUAUAUAUAUAUUUUUUUACUUAUAUAUUUUUUACUUAACACUUAUUUUUCUUAAAACUGCAUUGUUGGUUAAGGGCUUGUAAGUAAGCAUUUCACUGUAAGGUCUACACCUGUUGUAUCCGGCGCAUUUGGCAAAUAACAUUUGAUUUGAUUUAAUAUCUCUAAUAUCUCCACCAGGGUCAAUUCCAUUUCAAUUCCAGUCAAUUCAGGAAUUCCAAUUCUAGUUCUCUUCAAUGCUUUCUAAUGAUGACAAUUUAGAAUUGGAAUUUAGUUUGCUUUCUGAAUUGAGUGGAAUUAAAAUUGGAAUUGACCCAUACUGAGAUCUUCACUAUAUCUCCUCCAUGUCACCAGGGUGAUGUGAAAGGGUACAUGCGGAGCUGUUGGGCUGCAGACACAAUGACCCCUGAACCCCUGAUCCUGCAGAGGAUGGCCUGUGAGAUCGCCUCAGGGCUCCUGCACCUGCACAAACACAACUUCAUACACAGGUGGGGGUCACUCCCUCUAUCUAUAUAUCAUUACCACUAUGUUAUAGUUUUUAUACUACUAACCACUCAUUGGAAUGAUACUGAUAUUACCCUGUAGACUGCUGGUACCCAGUAGUCACGUGCUGCCAGACAUCACACCGUAAUCUUGUUCUGUAGAAACCUAGGACAGACUAGGUUCCCAGAAUCCCGCAGCUGUGAUUUGUUGGCUCUUCUUCUUGGUUCCUGUUGGUUCCUUCCUGUAACAAUAUCCUGGUGCUGCCUGAGUGCCUCUUCAUAGACUCCAGCAUCAGUGAUUUUGUUGCAGGGGGAGACCCCUUCUCUCCAGAGUGACCCCUUCUCUUCUCUUCACUGUCUACUUAGCAUCCACUUAAUGAGGAAUGGUUCAAAUUGAUGAGUAACAAUGUACAACAUUUAUUGAUUGACUGCAUUAAGUUCUGUAAGGCUUUUAGUACAGUAUUGAAAAAGUCAGACUGUCCAUGGACUCACCAUGAUAACGUGCCUGUUAUGCAUAUACAUCAUCAAUCAAUUAUCAUCUAAUGUACAAAUGUGUUCUCUGUCUUCCCUGCAGUGACCUGGCCUUGAGAAACUGCCUGCUGACCGCUGAUGUCACAGUGAAGAUUGGAGACUACGGCCUUUCACACAACAAGUACAAAGAUGACUACUUUGUGACGUCAGACCAGAUGUACGUGCCACUGCGUUGGAUCGCUCCAGAACUCAUAGAUGAAGUUCAUGGCAACCUACUGGUAGUAGGCCAGAGCAAACAGAGCAACGUCUGGUAAGAACAUCAAUCGACCGAUAGAUAAAGUUGAAGUCGGAAGUUUACAUACACCUUAGCCAAAUACAUUUAAACUCAGUAUUUCACAAUUCCUGACAUUUAAUCCUAGUAAAAAUUCCCUUUCUUAGGUCAGUUAGGAUCACCACUUUAUUUUAAGAAUGUGAAAUGUCAGAAUAAUAGUAGAGAGAAUGAUUUCGUUCAUCUUUUAUUUCUUUCAUCACAUUCCCAGUGGGUCAGAAGUUUACAUACACUCAAUUAGUAUUUGGUAGACCAAUGGGGCGGCGCACAAUUGGCCCAGCGUCGUCCAGGGUAGGGGAGGGAAUGGCCGGCAGGGAGGUAGCUCAGUUGGUAGAGCAUGGCGUUUGCAACGCCAGGGUUGUGGGUUCGAUUCCCACGGGUAUGAAAAUAAAAAAGAAUAAUGUAUGCACUAACUGUAAGUCGCUCUGGAUAAGAGCGUCUGCUAAAUGACGUAAAAUGUAAAUGUAAAUGGUAGCAUUGCCUUUAAAUUGUUUAACUUGGGUCAAACGUUUUGGGUAGCCUUCCACAAGCUUCCCACAAUAAGUUGGGUGAAUUUUGGCCCAUUCCUCCUGACAGAGCUGGUGUAACUGAGUCAGGUUUGUAGGCCUCCUUGCUCGCACACGCUUUUUCAGCUCUGCCCACAAAUAUUCUAUAGGAUUGAGAUCAGGGCUUUGUGAUGGCCGCUCCAAUACCUUGACUUUGUUGUCCUUAAGCCAUUUUGCCACAACUCUGGAAGUAUGCUUGGGGUCAUUGUCCAUUUUGAAGACCCAUUUUGCGACCAAGCUUUACCUUCCUGACUGAUGUCUUGAGAUGUUGCUUCAAUAUAUCCACAUUAUUUUCUUUCCUAAUUAUGUCAUCUAUUUUGUGAAGUGCACCAGUCCCUCCUGCAGCAAAGCACCCCCACAGCAUGAUGCUGCCACCCCCGUGCUUCACGGUUGGGAUGGUGUUCUUCGGCUUGCAAGACUUCCCCUUUUUCCUCCAAACAUAACGAUGGUCAUUAUGGCCAAACAGUUCUAUUUUUGUUUCAUCAGACCAGAGGACAUUUCUCCAAAAAGUACGAUCUUUGUUCCCAUGUGCAGUUGCAAACCGUAGUCUGGCUUUUUUAUGGCGGUUUUGGAGCAGUGGCUUCUUCCUUGCUGAGCGGCCUUUCAGGUUAUGUCGAUAUAGGACUUGUUUUACUGUGGAUAUAGAUACUUUUGUACCUGUUUCCUCCAGCAUCUUCACAAGGUCCUUUGCUGUUGUUCUGGGAUUGAUUUGCACUUUUCGCACCAAAGUACGUUCAUUUCUAGGAGACAGAACGCAUCUCCUUCCUGAGCGGUAUGAUGGCUGCGUGGUCCCAUGGUGUUUAUACUUGCGUACUAUUGUUUGUGCAGAGGAACGUGGUACCUUAAUGCAUUUUGAAAUUGCUCCCAAGGAUGAACCAGACUUGUGGAGGUCUACAAUUUAUUUUCUGAGGUCUUGGCUGAUUUCUUUUGAUUUUCCCAUGAUGUCAAGCAAAGAGGCACUGAGUUUGAAGGUAGGCCUUGAAAUACAUCCACAGAUACGCCUCCAAUUAACUCAAAUGAUGUCAAUUAGCCUGUCAAAAGCUUCUAAAGCCAUGACAUCAUUUUCUGGAAUUUUCCAAGCUGUUUAAAGGCACAGUCAAUUUAGUGUAUGUAAACUUCUGACCCACUGGAAUUGUGAUACAGUGAAUUAUAAGUGAAAUAAUCUGUCUGUAAACAAUUGUUGGAAAAAUUACUUGUGUCAUGCACAAAGUAGAUGUCCUAACCGACUUGCCAAAACUAUAGUUUGUUAACAAGAAAUUUGUGGAGUGGUUGAAAAACAAGUUUUAAUGACUCCAACCUAAGUGUAUGUAAACUUCCGACUUCAACUGUAGAUAGAUAGAUAGAUUCAGCCUAAUUCUGGAUGAAGACCAAUCUCAAUGGAGCAUGCUUUUUAGUCUAGGAAUCUGUGUGCAGGAAACCGACCAUAUCUGGUUUUGGGUCUCAGUGAUCGUAAUUGACCAAUGUUUUCCCCAGUAAAUAGGGGUUGUUAUGCUUUACAUGUAAGCAUUUCACUGUUAGUCCACACCUGUUGUUUACGAAGCAUGUGUCAUUUGAUUUGAUGUGUUGUUCUUCCCCAUGAUUCUAUAGUCUGAUGUUGAAUGUUUUUUCAGGUCUCUGGGUGUGACUAUCUGGGAGUUGUUUGAGUUGGGCAACCAGCCGUACAGACACUACUCUGACAGACAGGUCCUGACCUACGCCGUGAGGGAACAGCAGCUCAGACUGGCCAAGCCCCUGCUCAAAAUACCCCUGGCAGAGCGCUGGUGAGUCACACACACACACACACACACACACACACACACACACACACACACACACACACACACACACCAGACAGACAGACAGACAGACAGACAGACAGACCGAAACAAACAAACAAACAAACAAACAUCAGCCCAUACAUAUAUUCUGUGUCCCAAAUGGCACCCUAUUUCCUAUUUAGUGCCUAGGGCUCUGGUCAAAAGUUGUACACUAAAUAGAGAAUAGGGUGCCAUUUCGGACGCAGACAAAAAUAUGACUGAUGUGAUGAUGCAUUAUCUCUGAAGAUGGGGAAGGCAAUCAAAACUCAUCUCUCAAAGGAUGAGAAGAGGAUGCUUGAUUCCUCAUUUCCUUAAUGGAUUCCAAUUAAAAUGCAAAUGCCAAGGUGGUUUUCCUUCCCUGAGCUACGUCCCAAAUGGCACCCUAUUCCCUAUGUAGUGCACUACUUUUGACCACAGCCGAUAGAUUCAUUUGUGGUUCAUUAUAUCUUCCUGUAUCCCAUGGUUGUUGUAAUGGUUGUUGUGGUGUGUGUGUGUGUGUGUGUGUGUGUGUGCUUGUGUCUUCUUGUGUCACCAGGUAUGAGGUGAUGCAGUUCUGCUGGCUCCAACCAGAUCAGAGGCCCAAUGCAGAGGAGGUCCACCUGUUACUCAGCUACCUGUGUGCUAAGGGGGCCAACGAGGCCGAGGAGGACUUUGAGAGGCGCUGGAACUCCCUGCGUCCCAACCCCAACGCUGGCCCCAGCAGCAGCCUCCACCACGGGGCAGGAGCCCUGGCCAUUGGUAUGUUUCUGCCCCUUUUUAUGGCUCCUGACUACUUUGCAUUAUGUUUUUUGUCUGCUUCUGUUUUAAAAGAAAAUACAAAUCUGUGCACUGCUCUUUUCAGUAUCACUUUAGUUCAGAGGUUCUUCAGCUUUUUCAGCUCGAGACCCAAAUGAGAAAUGUACUGUCCUCAAACGACCCAAAUUAGGAAGAAAUAGUGUGUGAUUAUAUAUGUUUACUCAUAACUCGCGACCCACCUCUCACAUGCUCAGGGCUCCUUUUGGGUCCCAAACCAUAGUUUAAGAAACCCUGCUUUAGUUGAUUAAGCUCUGCUGCUGUUUGACAUGACAUUUCCCCUUGGGGGCUUAACAAAGUACUUAGCUGUCUGUCUAUCCGUCUACAGACCUCCCCUCCUCCUCCUUCCCCCUGCUGGAGCAGUUCUCUGGAUGCGAUGGCUACCAAUGCGAGUCAGGAGAUGAUAUACUGACCGUGACCGAGACCAGCCACGGCCUGAACUUCGAGUACAAGUGGGAGAAGGCUCAGGCGGGGGCCGGGGCGGAGCAGCCUUACCACCGUGCUGCCUCGUCCUCCAGCGGUACCCUGGGGGCCGUCAACCACCACCGCCAGGACCUGUACUACCCCCCUGGGCCAGGGGGCAUGGUGGGGGGCUGUGGUGGGGUGGAGAUGGACGGGCUCACUCUGGGGGUGCCCCCCGCCUACUACGAGCCCAAGAUGCUGCAUGGUCCUGGGGUUGGGGUGUUGCCGGUGCUCAGCGCCCACAGUCCUUCAGUGAGCGCUGAGUACUACAUCCGCAUGGAGGAGCCUGGUGUGGACUAUACCAUGUGCUCCUACAGCCCAGACUACCAGGGCAGCAAUGGGAGCUUCCUGACCGGCAGUGGUAGUGCAGACUCAGGGGAGUGUAUUAUGGGAAUGGGUGCAUGUCCCUCCCAGGCCCACUCCAAGCCUGUAGACUCGUACUGGUCGGCAGAUAUCCGUAAAGCUGGGGGUGGUGGAGCGUAUGAUUCGGACCCAGACGGAAGCCCGGCCAUCUCCCUGACCAUGGAGCCCCUACUGGGGCAAGUCUCUGACUCCAGCCCCCUGAGACCCUGGGAGGCUGGUCACUACGUCUCCUACAAGGACCGGGACGGGGGGUUCUACUACGAACACUCACCCCCUAUGGGCAUAGGCCACCACAUGGGCCUGGGUCUGGGGAUGGACCAGCACCAGCACUAUCUGAUGGGGCGGGAACACUCUCCCCCCGAGCCCCACCAGGAGAGCUGGGGGUCCCGGAGCCUGCGUCAGGCCCUGGGGGAACUGGAGAACCCUCUGGGGAUAUCUCCCUCCAUCAGUACCCCUCCCCAGGGUGGUGGUCCUCCUUUUGGGGUAGGGGACCCCUACCUGGUGACGACCCAGGGACCAGGCUCCAUCAUUGGGGGGAGUAGCGUCACUGGAGGUUACUAUGACAUGAUGGGUUCUCUGAGGAAAACCAUGCCGACCAUGCGAAGCCACACCCACUCAGUCAGCAUCACCAUGGCGUCGGAAGAGGCCCUCUUCAUUGGUCACCGUGACAGUGACUCGGACGAGGAAGAGGAUAUAUUCUCAGAGAGGCAGACAAUCAACAGUAGUAACACCUGGCCCUCUAACCACUGCACUAACAACAAUAGUCUAGGCCUGGGCCGUAGUAGACAGGCUGGCUGUAGGCAACAACAGGAUGCCUAUGUAGACUUCCACUACACUAUGCCCACUACCGACAUAGAGGACUCGUGGCCUGAGGAGCACAACCUGACCUCCCGCUCCUCUGUCUCUGCUGCAGUUAAACCCAUAGACUACCUGGAGGGUACGGCGGCUUCGGCUAAAGACAGCAGCUGUCUAUCCCUGGGGAAGCAUCAUACCCUGGUACCCUCCGGCGACGCCUACAACACAUACAUCUAUCUGUGCCACGAGAGGGAGGGGGAGAGGGAGGUGAAGCCGCCACCAAUCGAGCGCUGCCACUCUCAUUUCGUCGACCCCCUCACAGGCCUAGUGGUGCGAAACUACAGCUGUGAUGACUACAGAGAUCAGAUUGUAGAGAUUCCCAACAACGACGAAGAGAGUGUGAAUCUGUCUCCAGCACCAGGAGGGCCUAGUGUGUCUAAAUCAACCCUGACACACAACACUAACACAACCACAACCAUAACCAACUUUGACCACUCUGAGCAGUAUGUUGACAUCACUAUGGACGAUGCCCUUUCCAUAGACCACAAGCAAGAGGUUGUCACAGAAGACAAAGGGGUUCUCACUGAUCCUAAACCAGAGGACGUGAAUCUGACUAAAACUAUGGCUAUGGCUACCCCACUUCCCUCAGUGAAUGUGCCUGGCCUAGUCUGCCUGUUCGAGCCAGAGUCAGAGCUGAGCCAUACAUUAGACAGCGGCCUGGACAGAGACCACUGCUCCAGCAUCAGUCUAGUGGACAUCUCCGACUGCUAUACCGACGACGAUGAUGAAGACGAUGACAUUACUGACGUGACCUCAGGGAUCUUCGCUGACGAGGCGUCGGCCGGGGACCUUAACUCCUCCCCCUCCCUGGCCCGUCCCCUCAAGUCCCUGCAGAAGCAGGUGGGAACACCCGAUUCCAUGGACUCCAUGGACCUGAUGCCUUCAGCGGCCGGCUCCACCGCAGAGCCAUUCAGCCCUGCCUCUAGCUCCUCCCACCCAUCUAGUUCCUCCCCCAAGGCAAUGGACAGCGGGUACGAAACAGAGAACAACGAGAGCCCAGAGUUCGUCCCCAAGGAGCCCCACAACGAGCCCCGGGACCCAGAGACAUUCACCCAGCCACUGGGGGAGUCUGUCCUGGACACCAGCCAGGAUGAGGAGAGGGGAGAGGAGGCCGAGGUGGCUCCACCGGAGGAUGAGGAAGAACCUACUCUGGAUGAAGAUGUGGCUCUAGCAGCCUUACAGACCACAGACAAAGAGAAGGAGCUGGCCCCCCUCAGUGAGAAGAACCCUUACAGGGACUCUGCCUACUUCUCUGACUAUGAGAACGAGCGCCUAUCCAGGGAUGAGGAGGAUGACAAAGUGGGGGGUGAUGAAAAUGUAGGAGUGGAGGAGGGAGAAGAGGAGGAGAGCCUGACAGAGAAGAGGGAACUCAGCCCUCUUCAUAUAGAGGAUGAGGAGGAGGGAGAGGAGACCUCAGCUCUUCUUCUGGAGGAGAGUGAAGACCCAGAGAUGGGGGGAUGCCCGACAGAAGAGUGCACCCAUGAUGAAGGGCUGGAACUGGGGCUAGAGCAGGCUUCCCAUGAUGAAGGGCUGGAGCUGGGGCUAGAGUUGGCCUCCAAUAUCUCUGGAGAAGUAGAGGAAGGGUCAGAGGGAUGGCCUGCCCAGGAGGAGCCCUCUUCUCUGGGAGACUGGGCAGCAGAGGUGGUGGGGGCUAUGGAGGAAGCCCUGGGGGAACUCCAGAGGAGCAGCAGUACUGAAACAAAUUCUGUUACCAAGGAGGAAGAGGAAAGAGGGCGAAGGGACGUGGAGGACUCAUCUGAAGCCUUAGAAUCAGCAGACGUCCUAGAAGAAGCAUCUAGCGAAAAGUCAGAGAGCAUCGACAAGGACGUUGAUGACGAAGAGAACGGACAUCCCGCACGACGUCGACGCUCCUCCUCGUCCUCCCCUCCCUCCAUUCCUCCUCCUCCUCUCCCCCCAAUGACUCCCCCUCCGGGCCGGGUGUCGGUCACAGAUGGGGGGGAGGCGGAUGAGGAGGACGGAGAUGGUGACUCGGAAGACAGUGAGUCAGAUGAGGAGGUGAGGAGUUACAGUGUUCAAGAGGAGCAUAGUGGAGGGGAGGAGAGCGGGGAGGAGAACCAUGCUGUACCCAUCGUGGUCAGCGACUGUAGCGAUGCUCAUAACCUACGUAGUCUACUGAAGAUGCCCACCCCGCUCACUUCCGAGUCGCUCGCUGAUGACCUGCUGGAUCGAAAGAAGAAGGUGGUGUCAUUCUUUGAUGAUGUCACUGUCUACCUGUUUGACCAGGUGAGUAGUCACUCACAGAUUAAGGAAAACAAGUGAAAGGGUAGUUUCUGCAUUAUUCUAGUUCACAAGUUCAUUGUCAUUUUUCUGCUUAUUUAAUUCACGUACAGUGCCUUCGUAAAAUAUUCAGACCCCUUGACUUUUUCCACAUUUUGUUACGUUACAGCCUUAUUCUAAAAUGGAUUAAGUAAUCAAAAUCCUCAGCAAUCUACACACAAUACCCCAUAAUGACAAAGCGAAAACAGGUUUUCAGAAACAGAAAUACCUUAUUUACAUAAGUAUUCAGACCCUUUGUGAUGAGACUCGAAAUUGAGCUUAGGUGCAUCCUGUUUCCAUUGAUCAUCCUUGAGAUUUUUCUACAACUUGACUGGAGUCCACCUGUGGUAAAUUCAAUUGAUUGGACAUGAUUUGGAAAGGCACACACCUGUCUAUAUAAGGUCCCACAGUUGACAGUGCAUGUCAGAGCAAACACCAAGCCAUGAGGUCGAAGGAAUUGUCCGUAGAGCGCCAAGGCAGGAUUGUGUUGAGGCACAGAUCUGGAGAAGGGUACCAAAACAUUUCUGCAGCAUUGAAGGUACCCAAGAACACAGUGGCCUCCAUCAUUCUUAAAUGGAAGAUGUUUGGAACCACCUAGAGCUGGCCGCCCGGCCAAACUGAGCAAUCGGGGGAGAAGGGCCUUAGUCAGGGAGGUGACCAAGAACCAAUGGUCACUCUUGACAGAGCUCUAGAAUUCCUCUGUGGAGAUGGGAGAACCAUCCAGAAGGCCAACCAUCUCUGCAGCAUUCCACCAAUCAGGCCUUUAUGGUAGAGUGGCCAGACUGAAGACACUACUCAGUAAAAGGCACAUGACAGCCCGCUUGGAGUUUGCCAAAAGGCACCUAAAGACUCUCAGACCAUGAGAAACAAAAUUCUCUGGUAUGAUGAAACCAAGAUUGAACUCUUUAGCCUGAAUGCCAAGCAUCACGUCUGGAGGAAACCUGGCACCAUCCCUGCGGUGAGGCAUGGUGGUGGCAGCAUCAUGCUGUGGGGAUGUUUUUCAGCGGCAGGGACUGGGAGACUAGUCAGGUUCAAGGCAAAGACAAAGUACAGAGAGAUCGUUGAUGAAAACCUCCUCCAAAGCACUCAGGACCUCAGACUGGGGCGAAGGUUCACCAUCCUAAGCACACAGUCAAGACAACGCAGGAGUGGCUUCGGGACAAGUCUCUGAAUGUCCUUGAGUGGCCCAGCCAGAGCCCAGACUUGAAUCCAAUUGAACAUCUCUGGAAAUACCUGAAAAUAGCUGUGCAGCAACGCUCCCCAUCCAACCUGACAGAGCUUGAGAGGAUCUGCAGAGAGGAAUGGGAGAAACUCCCGAAAUACAGGUGUGCCAAGCUUGUAGCGUCAUACCCAAGAAGACUCAAGGCUGUAAUCACUGCCAAAGGUGCUUCAACAAAGUACUGAGUAAAGGGUCUGAAUACUUAUCUAAUGUGAUAUUUCAGUAUUUCAUGUGUAAUACAUUUGUAAAAAUGUCUAAAAACCUGUUUUUGUGUUGUCAUUAUUGGGUAUUGUGGCUGUAACGUAACAAAAUGUGGAAAAAGUCAAGAGGCUGAAUAAUUUCCAAAUGCACUGUACAUGGUAUAAGACAAAUUAUAUAUUUUUUUGUGCCUUGAAUUAAACUAGACAUACUAAUGAACUGUAUAGACACUGAACAAAAAUAUAAACGCAACAUGUAAAGUGUUGGUCCCAUGUUUCAUGAACUGAAAUAAAAGAUCCCAGAAAAGUUCCAUACGCACAAAACCUUAUUUCUCUCAAAUUUUGUGAACAAAUUUGUUUACAUCUCUGUCAGGGAGCAUUUCUCCAAGAUAAUCCAUCCACUUGACAGGUGUGGCAUAUCAAGAUGCUGAUUAAACAGCAUGAUCAUUACAUGGGUGCACCUUGUGCUGGGGACAAUGAAAGGCCACUUUAAAGUUUGCUGUUUUGUCACACAACACAAUGCCACAGAUGUCUCAAGUUUUGAGAGCGCGUGCAAUUGGCAUGCUGACUGCUGCUGGAAUGUCCAUCAGAGCUGUUGCCAGAUCAUUUAAUGUUAAUUUCUCUACCAUAAGCUUCCUCCAACAUCAUUUUAGAGAAUUUGGCAGUACGUCCAACCGACCUCACAACCGGCCAGCCCAGGUCCUCCACAUCCGGCUUCUUCACCUGAGGGGGGUGCUGUGGAGUAUUUCUCUGUUUUAAUAAAGACCUUUUGUGCAGAAAAAAUCAUUCUGAUUGGCUCGGCAUGGCUCCUCACUGGGUGGGCCUGGCUUCCAAGUGGGUGGGCCUAUUCCCUCCAUGGUCACCCCUUCCCAGUCAUGUGAAAUCCAUAGAUGAGGGCCUAAUUAAUUUAUUUCAAUUGACUUAUUUCUUUAUAUGAACUGUAACUCAGUAAAACUUUGAAACUGUUGUAUGUUGCGUUUAUAUUUUUGUUCAGUAUAUUUUAGUUUGAAAUGCACACUAACUAUAGUUCUAACCUCUUGACUACUGUCUGUUUCCAGCAGAGCCCGACUAAAGAGCUGGCUGAGCAUGGUUUCCCUCCAGGGGCUGAGACCAGCGGACAGAGUUCAGAGGGCAAACAACCAACCUCUGAUGACUCCUCAGAUGGAAACAUCUCAGAAGAGAGUAAGUACACUAGUCCAGAGUCCACUACUUACAUUGAAACAUUGAUUGAAGUCAAUCAGCAUUUCAUUUCAUAAUCAAUCUCAAAUCUAUUGGUUUAGAUGUGUAAAAUAUAAGAGGCGGAUGUGUCCAAACCUCUCCCUUUCUCUUCCUCUCUCCAUACCUACCUUCCUCUCUCCCUUUCUCUUCCUCUCUCCAUACCUACCUUCCUCUCUCCCUUUCUCUUCCUCUCUCCAUACCUACCUUCCUCUCUCCCUUUCUCUUCCUCUCUCCAUACCUACCUUCCUCUCUCCCUUUCUCUUCCUCUCUCCAAACCGACCGGCCGCGCCGCGCGGCCGCCAGACCGACCUCCGGCCUACGGGCUCCCGCCAGACGACCGGCCGGCCCGGAGCAUAACAGCGCAGGGCCGGCAUACCUACCCCUCCCUUCCCUCUCUCCAGACCUACCUCUCUCUUCCCAUACGACUGAUUCCUUUCUCUUCCUCUCUCCAUACCUACCUUCCUCUCUCCCUCUCUCUUCCUUUCUCUCUACCUUCCUCCCUCUCUCUCUCUUCAGGUGCAGGGUAUGAGUGGGAGGAUGACUUCCCCCUGUUGCCCCUCCCGACUUCCUCAUCCAAGAUGGCUGCCUCCUCCUCAGCCUCAACCCCUUCCACACCCAGCCUACCCACCACCUCCAAGGCCCCGGAGCCCAAACCAGUGGUGCAGUACUCCCGCUUCACCGUCUCCCCUAGCCAUGUGUCUCGCUUCUCCAUCACA